AGAGCUGGGCCUGUAUUAAGAGAGAGCGCCAGUUGGAUGUGAUGGAACGUACGAAAGGCCGUCGUGAUCUCUCUUCAAAGCGAAAAACAUCUCUCUCUCUCUCUCUCUCUCUCUCUCACCCAUUCUCUCUCUCGUCUGCUGCUGGUUUUUGCUCGUCUCGACGCCUUCGUUUCCUUUGUAUGUAGGUGGGAGGAGGUUUUUUAGGUGCUGAGUCGCUUUCUUUCUCCUUCUCAAUAUUUUCUUUGAAAAGCUCGUUCUAGAAGCCCUCUCCGUCCCUCCCUCUCUCUGAGCUUGAUUUGAUGGCGGCUUGAGAAAGCUCGUUGACGUAAACGGCAGUGGGAAGAGAAGGUUUCAGACCGUUUCCUCUCUCUUGCAAGCUCGGUUUUAUGGCGGUAGGAGGUCUGCAAGUUUGAUUCGAAGGAUUUUCGAUAGGCAUUAAGCGGAUUAUCGUUUCGAAGCUCGUUUCAGUGCGAGGGCGAGGAUUCAGAAAAUUUCAUCUCCCUCUCUUUCAAGCAAGCUGGUUUUUAUGGACGUUCGAGGCUUUUCGAGCUUGAUUUCGUGUUCCAGGCCUCGCGUUUAAAGGUUUUUCUAUGGAAAUUUCGGUUUCGUGCCAGUAAAAGGCCGAUGUUUUGCGGAUCUUUCCACAUAUUUGGAAGAUAUCUUUAUUCAAAAUCUCGCCAUAGUGGCUUCGAAUCUGGUUUUGGAGCGGCUUCUGCUCUAGAGGAGAUUCUUUGUAGAUGAAGCUCCUUUUCAUGGAAAUCUUUUCUUGAUGGUGGCGGGAAUCUUGUCUGGAUCGGUUUUUGCCCUAGCACGAGCGCUGUUUCUGCAGCGGUGAUGGCAUUUUGCGGGAGAGAAGAUCUAACGGCCGGAUUGCAUCGACUGACCAUUCUGCUGGUUUUGAUCGGAGCGUUGAGCUUCCAUCGAGCGGAUUCGGAUGAUGGAGCAACACUUUUGGAGAUCAAGAAGUCCUUUCGUGAUGUUGAUAAUGUGUUAUAUGACUGGAUUGAUGCUGCAUCAUCAGACUAUUGUUCAUGGAGGGGGGUCACAUGUGACAAUGUGACUUUCGAUGUUGUUGCACUUAAUCUUUCCGGUUUAAGCCUUAAUGGAGAAGUCUCUCCUGCAAUUGGAGAUCUAAAAGGCCUACUCUCCAUAGAUCUAAGGGGAAACCAUCUCUCAGGACAGAUCCCAGAUGAGAUUGGAGACUGUUCUUCGCUAAAAAGCCUGGAUUUGUCUUUCAAUGACAUCUACGGGGAUAUACCAUUUUCAAUUUCAAAGUUGAAACAGUUGGAAUCCCUGACAUUAAAAAACAACCAGCUGAUGGGACCUAUUCCUUCAACUCUAUCUCAGAUACCAAACUUGAAAAUACUGGAUCUGGCCCAAAAUAAACUGAGUGGGGACAUACCGAGGCUUAUUUACUGGAAUGAAGUUUUGCAGUAUCUGGGAUUGCGAGGCAACAAUCUGGCAGGGACUCUCUCUGCUGAUAUGUGCCAGUUGACUGGGUUAUGGUAUUUUGAUGUGAGAAACAACAGUUUGACAGGGAGCAUUCCAAAGAAUAUCGGAAAUUGUACCAGCUUCCAGGUUUUGGACUUGUCAUACAAUCAGCUCACAGGAGAGAUUCCUUUCAAUAUUGGGUUUCUGCAAGUUGCAACAUUAUCUCUGCAAGGAAACCAGCUGUCUGGGCCAAUUCCACCUGUGAUCGGUCUGAUGCAGGCACUUGCCGUGCUAGAUCUGAGUUGCAACCUUCUAAGUGGACCCAUUCCUCCUAUUCUAGGCAAUUUGACUUACACUGAGAAACUGUAUUUGCACAGUAAUAAGCUGACAGGAUCCAUUCCCCCUGAGCUGGGCAAUAUGACAAAUCUUCACUAUCUGGAGCUGAAUGAUAAUCAGUUGUCUGGCCAUAUUCCACCUGAACUUGGGAGGCUUACAGACUUGUUUGACCUGAAUGUUGCUAACAACAAUCUUGAAGGGCCAAUCCCCGGAAAUUUAAGCUCAUGCGUGAAUCUUAAUAACCUCAAUGUGUAUGGGAAUAGGCUGAAUGGAACCAUUCCACGUGCAUUCCAAAAACUUGAGAGCAUGACAAACUUGAAUCUAUCAUCAAACAACCUUAAGGGUCCCAUCCCUAUUGAGCUGUCCCGAAUCGGUAAUCUGGAUACUCUGGACAUUUCAAACAACAAUAUUACUGGUUCUAUUCCUGCUUCUGUUGGUGACUUGGAACAUCUUCUGAAACUAAAUUUGAGCAACAAUCAUCUAGUUGGACCCAUCCCUGCCGAAUUCGGAAACCUAAGAAGCAUUAUGGACCUGGACCUCUCAAACAAUCGCCUCUCAGGUCCAAUUCCUCAGGAACUUGGGCAGCUGCAAAGUUUGUUCUCACUGAGAGUGGAACAUAACAAUCUGUCAGGGGACAUUUUCGUGCUAAUCAACUGCUUCAGUCUUACAUUGUUAAAUGUUUCAUACAACAACCUAGCUGGUGAUAUUCCUACUGGCAACAAUUUCUCGAGAUUUUCUCAGGAUAGCUUCUUGGGAAAUCCUGGUCUUUGCGGCUAUUGGCUCAGUCCUUGUCAGGCAUCCCAUCCGCCGGAAAGAGCCUCAAUCUCUAAAGUAGCCAUCCUGGCAAUUGCUUUAGGCGCUCUUGUGAUUCUCCUCCUGAUCCUAGUUGCAGCGUGCCGACCGCACAAUCCGAAUCCCUUCCUAGAAGGAUCCCCUGACAAACCAGUUCAUAUCCCUCCAAAACUGGUGAUUCUCCACAUGAACAUGGCACUCCAUGUGUAUGAAGACAUCAUGAGGAUGACCGAGAACCUGAGCGAGAAGUACAUAAUCGGGUAUGGUGCAUCGAGCACGGUCUACAAGUGUGUGCUGAAGAACUGCCGGCCGGUUGCCAUCAAGAGGCUUUAUUUACACUAUCCGCAAAGCCUGAAGGAGUUUGAAACAGAGCUGGAGACAGUUGGGAGCAUCAAGCAUCGGAAUCUGGUUAGCCUCCAAGGAUACUCCCUGUCUCCUGCCGGGAAUCUUCUGUUCUACGAUUACAUGGAGAAUGGCAGCCUCUGGGAUCUUCUACAUGGUCCAUCAAAGAAGAAGAAGCUUGACUGGGACACCCGCCUGAGUAUCGCAUUAGGUGCAGCGCAAGGACUCUCCUAUCUCCACCACGACUGCAGCCCACGCAUAAUCCACAGGGACGUGAAAUCAUCUAACAUACUCUUGGACAAGGAUUUCGAGCCCCACCUCACAGACUUUGGAAUCGCAAAGAGCUUGUCUGUAUCAAAGACCCACACCUCCACGUACAUCAUGGGGACCAUCGGCUACAUAGACCCUGAGUAUGCUCGCACGUCCCGCCUCAAUGAGAAAUCCGAUGUUUACAGCUUUGGGAUUGUCCUGCUCGAGUUACUGACUGGGAAGAAAGCUGUGGACAACGAGUCCAACCUUCAUCAGCUGAUCCUUUCGAAGACGGCCACAAACACAGUCAUGGAGACCGUCGAUCCAGACAUCUCAGCCACUUGCAAGGAUCUUGGCGCUGUGAAGAAGGUAUUCCAGCUAGCUCUACUUUGCACCAAGAAGCAGCCCACCGACAGGCCUACAAUGCAUGAGGUGACACGAGUUCUCGGGUCCCUUGUGCUGGCCAGCAUGCCUCAGAAGCCGGCCCUGCCACCUCCGUCGGUCCCGAGCUACAUGGACGAGUAUGCCAACAUCAAGAACCCCAGUGUGCUAACGUCCGCCACCCUGAGCAGCACCUCAGAUGCCAACCUCUUUCUGAAAUUCGGAGAGGUAAUAUCUCAGAACACCGUCUGAUUAAAAUUGAAAUCAACGGCUAUCUAUGAUUUUAUUAGUAAAAGGAAGGUUUGAGAGAGGAGAUUCCUUUUACUAAUAAUUCAAAGAGUCUGUACUUAAGCGUUCGAUUCUAGAAUGCGCCGUGGGUGGAGGGUGAACAGGGAAUGGUCGUCUCGUGCGUUAUGUAUGUCAUUUUGUACAGCACUGAAUUAUUGUAGUGUCGGCCCUUUUGUCUCA